AUGAUAGGACCAAACAUUACAUUUCAAGAGGAUACUGCAACCACGCUCGAAAAUGAACAAGAGGAUCUAAAAAUUAAUGAAAACUUGGAUCCAAUUUGUGGCCUAGCUAGUGUUUUUAGUCCUGGUCUAUUGGGCAAGAAAAUUGAUGGAAUAUGGCAUACUGCUUCCGUUUUGUAUGAUAAGGAAUUUUUCUUUGGACAAUCAGGAAUUCAGUAUUGUGAGCCAUGCUCAACUUCUUUAGGAAAUCCAUUAAAAAAGCAAUUCAUGGGGAAGACAUCAUUGUCAGAAUCUGAAAUUUUCAAUUAUUUAGAGCGACUAUCCAAUACAUUGUUCAAACCAGGCGAUUAUUCACUUUUUGAACAUAAUUGUAACACCUUCAGUGAACACUUUAUAUUUCACCUAACUGGACAGCAUAUCCCAUCGUAUAUAUUGAACUUACCUAAUGAAGUUUUGUCUACAUCAUUUGGAGCUUCAUUAGGUUCAGCUUUGAAUGUUCUGUCGGUUGGAAUCAAUUCCAAAACACGUUUGAAUAGUAUUAAAGAAACUCCAUCUAAUAACGAUAAACAUACAUACGCUGAUAUUAUUAAAUCUUUUCGACCAAUAUUUUUUGAUGAACCUUUAUCCUCAGAACUUCUUCCUCAUCCUUCAGAGUUAUCAAGAGUACUACUUCAUGAGAACACGGAAGUAAAAUGUGCUGAAGAAUGUUCACCUCUACUUGCAUUGGAUGAAUUGAUUACGGGUGAUCAAUGUCGGGCAGUAUGUGAAUUAUUUCGUUUAGCUAUAUGGAAAGAUCCUAAUAUAUUGAUGAAUUUGUUCACUGAUCCAAGACGUUUAUUGCACAAAUUAAGUACAGUUAAAACACCUUAUGUAAAACCAUGUGAAUUUUACGAUAUUGAAGCAUCUCGUGCAAAAUUACUGUGCAACUGUUUAGGUUUAUCAUUGAAUUGGACAAUUAUGCGUGAUGAUGAUAUGAAGCUAGAUAUCAAUAGUAUUAUGCAAAUUAGUUUAACCCUGUUAAAUCAUGAUGUUGAAAAUCAUUUAUCCAAAGAGAUUAUGGGAUCCGCUUCCACACCAUCAACAGUAAUAACACCUAGUUAUUUACCAAAUUUAUUGCCAGAACAUAAACUGGUCGGUUUAGCAUUAGCCCACAAUGUUUCCUUAUAUCCAACGCUCAGUGAAAAUGAAGCGUUAGAACUGGGAAGUUAUUUGUUACAUCUAGCUGUAACAAGUGAAAAAUCAUUUAAUAUCCAAUCGAUACAAUUUAUUUACUGCGUACAAUCUACUUCUUAG